AUGAGAUUACAAAAUAAUAAUUAAUCCAUUAAAAUUUAAGAAUAAGAAAUUAAGAAUUUUAAGUGGGUUGAAUUGAAUGAAUUAUAAGAAGUAAAAUAUAACAAAUAAAAAAUUUAGUUUUAUUAGAAUAAUAAAUUUGGAAUGGUUUAAAGCAGGUUGAUGGAAUCCUUAAUUCAAUUUAAUAAAUCAAAUAAAUUUGAUCAUUAGUUUAUAAGUUUAGAUGCCUAACCAAAAGAAAUGUAUGGUUAAAUUAAAAAAUAUUGUUUAUUCAAGCCAAAAAAAUAACUAGGAAUAUGA